AUGACCGACCAAGAACAAACCCAGGUCACAGGCAUCGAAGAAGCCCCAGGCUUGGCCAACUUCGGCACCUCCCCAACCUCGUCGGCUGGCGACCGCCGCAUGAGCGCAGAGUGGGAUGCCUCCAAGACGCCGCCCAGCAGGUUCCAGCGGCGCAAGGGCUCCAUCUACUCGACGCCCGCGUCGAGAGAUGGCCAUGUUGACAAGAAUUACGCGGACAAGUACCACGACAAGCUCGCUGAGAAGGGCUGGGGGAAGAAAUAG